GAAUUUUACAAUUGUGUUAACAAGAAUAAAAGCAUAUAAUUUUAUGUGUUACUUAAAUAUUUUCUCCUAUUUUUUCUGAUCUAAUCAACCAUCAUUUGCUUUAUUGGUUCAUCUCAUUUCAUUUCAUUACAAGUUUUAUUGAUCCGUCUCAUUUCAUUUGGUUACAAGUUUUCUUGAUUCAUCUCAUUUCAUUUCAUUACAAGUUACUAUUUCUACCUUUUUCUCUCUUCUUUUUUCCACCGAUCUAUUCUUCCUUCUUUUCUACGCUACAAUGGCGAGAAGCGCCUCUCAAUCAUCUCAAUCCGCAUCUUCCGCUGCCACAACACGACCAGGUGUAAUGGCUCCACGCGGCUCCGCUGCCGCUACAGCCGGAAUGCGCCGUCGCCGCCUUGGAGGUGGAAACACCACCAGCUCCAGCUCUGCCGCGGGAGGAUCCAGCGGCGGAAAUAAUAUGCUGCGGUUCUACACCGACGACGCUCCUGGAUUGAAGAUAUCUCCAACGGUUGUUCUCGUAAUGAGUCUCUGUUUCAUUGGCUUCGUCACUGCUCUUCAUGUUUUUGGGAAACUUUACCGUUACCGAUCCGCCGCUGGCGCCGCCGCUUGAUUUUGUCUCAAGCUGGUUUAACGGUUUUUGGAUCUGAUGCUUAAUAUUCUUAGUUUGUUUUUCUUUAUUUAUUUAUAGUUUUAUUUUCUUUCAUUGUAAAUUUUAUUUGGCAUGAUUAGGCUUUCUGUUUUUUCUAGCUAUGAAAUUGAUUAGAUCUUCUUGCUGUUAA